AUGAACUCGCUCCGUGUCGCCCGGAGCGCUCUCAAGGCCCGCCCAAGUGCCCUCAAGGCCGUUCAGCAGCCGCUGUUCCGACGUGGCUACGCCGACGUCGCGCCCGACAAGAUUCAGUUGACUCUCGCUCUGCCCCAUCAGGCCAUCUACAAGAGCAAGGAUGUUGUGCAGGUGAACAUCCCAGCCGAGUCAGGAGAGAUGGGUGUUUUGGCCAGCCACGUUCCCUCUAUUGAGCAGCUGAAGCCAGGCCUCGUCGAGGUCAUUGAGGAGAGCGGUGGAAGCAAGCAGUUUUUCUUGUCCGGCGGUUUCGCAACCGUGCAGCCAAACUCCGUCCUCAGCAUCAACGCGGUCGAGGGUUACCCACUUGAGGACUUCAGCGCAGAUGCUGUAAGGAACCAGAUUGCCGAGGCACAGAAGAUUGCCAGCGGUGGUGGCAGCGAGCAGGAUGUGGCAGAGGCAAAGAUUGAGCUCGAGGUCCUGGAGAGCCUUCAGGCCAACCUGAAGUAA